CUGGGGGCUCUGCAGCUGCGGGGAGGGGCGUCUGGGGCAAGGGCAGCCUUACCCGUCCGGGCGGGCGCUCACCUGGUGGCCGACUUGGAGGCGGCAGCGGCAGUGUACCAAACUUCUGGGUCCUCCUCCUCACGCCCCGCCCUGGGGGAGGGGGGCGGGUGGGCGUGGGGCACCCAGGACCGGCCGGACCUGUGGGACCCGGGGCCCCAGCUGUCUGCGGAGCCUGUCACCUGGAGAAGCCAGGCUCUUCCGGGGCUGGGACGGCUGUGGGCGGCAGGAUGCCUCGGCGCUGCAAACUCAUAAAUACUGCAGCCGUAGUGGUGGCCGGAGACGUGCGUGCGGGCAUUUGGCGCCCUCGAGGCAUCUGGAUAACCUGUCCCCUCGAAGACCUCCCUACCACCCUGCCUCCCCCGCAGUGACAUUGCCUGCCUCCGUUCUCCUUCCUGCCCCCCCACCCCUCCUACUGUCCCUGACCAAAUCUGAUCUACCCCUGCCCAGUCCCCCACCCCUUCCCCUCUGCACCCCACCCCCCUCCACUAUGAGCCCCUUUCUUCCCUGCUGGUCCUGCUGCUGUCUGCUCCUGUUUUUCUCCCUGGGAAUCCAGGGGAUCCCACAAGAUCCCAAAGCUGCCCCGGAGCAAGUCCACCUGUCCUACCCAGAUGAGCCAGGAUCCAUGACUGUCACCUGGACCACAUGGGUCCCGACCCCGUCUGAAGUGCAGUUUGGGCUACAGUUAUCGGGGCCCCUGCCCCUCCGGGCCCAGGGCACUGCCAGCCCCUUUGUGGAUGGAGGCUUUCUCCGGCGGAAGCUCUACAUACACCGUGUCACACUGCGGGGGCUGCUGCCGGGUGUCCAGUACGUUUACCGCUGUGGCAGUACUCAGGGCUGGAGCCGUCGGUUCCGCUUCAGGGCCCUAAAGAAAGGACCCCACUGGAGCCCCCGUCUGGCUGUGUUUGGGGACCUUGGGGCUGACAACCCGAGGGCCCUACCCCGGCUGCGCAGGGACACUCAGCAGGGCAUGUACGAUGCUGUUCUCCAUGUGGGAGACUUUGCCUACAACAUGGAUCAGGACAAUGCUCGCGUCGGUGACGAGUUCAUGCGCCUCAUCGAACCUGUGGCAGCCAGCCUGCCGUACAUGACCUGCCCUGGGAAUCACGAGGAACGCUACAACUUCUCCAACUACAAGGCUCGCUUUAGCAUGCCGGGGAACACCGAGGGCCUGUGGUACAGCUGGGAUGUGGGCCCUGCACACAUCAUCUCCUUCUCCACGGAGGUAUAUUUCUACCUCCACUACGGCCGCCACCUGGUAGAGAGACAGUUUCACUGGCUGGAGAAAGACCUCCAGAAAGCCAAUAAGAACCGAGCAGCCCGGCCGUGGAUCAUCACCAUGGGUCACCGGCCCAUGUACUGUUCCAAUGCUGACUUGGAUGACUGCACAUGGCAUGAAAGCAAGGUUCGAAAAGGCCUCUUCGGCAAAUUGUUUGGAUUAGAGGACCUUUUCUACAAAUAUGGGGUCGACCUGCAGCUGUGGGCUCAUGAGCACUCGUAUGAACGGCUGUGGCCAAUUUACAACUACAAGGUAUUUAACGGCAGUCAAGAGACACCCUACACCAACCCUCGAGGCCCUGUCCACAUCAUCACAGGAUCUGCUGGCUGUGAGGAGCGGCUGACUAGGUUCACUCUCUUCCCACGGCCCUGGAGUGCCGUGCGGGUGAAGGAGUAUGGGUACACGCGGCUACACAUCCUUAAUGGGACCCACGUCCACAUCCAGCAGGUGUCUGAUGACCAGGAUGGGAAGAUUGUGGAUGAUGUAUGGAUGGUGAGACCCCUGCUCCACCGAAUGAUGUACCUCUAGGGAGGGAGCAGCUCUCAUCAGGAACCACUGGCCUUGUUGCCUUGGCUGGUGUAACAGGACCCAGGCCCAGCUGGGGAGUCAGGGCUGGCAGGCUGGGGAGUCAGGGCGGGCCUUGACUCCUCUGCCUUCCUGAGGCCCCACGGGGGUGAAUGCAGCAUGAGAGGGCCAGGCAGCUCUCCCCUCCUGGAGAGGUGAGGGUCCCAGCAGCUGUGCUGGAGGGCAGGCGUGGACACACACACAGACAGACUCAGGUGGGUGGCACAGCCUUGCCCUGCUGCAUAGCACUGACUGGGCGAGGUGCCCACAGGCCUGGGGAAUAAAAAGACUUGUGGCUGUGGCUCCGUGGACUCUGCACUUCUGCUGGGCAUGCCCCCUGGGCUGCCCCUCUCCUGUCUGCGUGGGCAAGAGGCAUCACCAGUCCCCACUUACAAGGUGGGCACGGCCAUCAUGACACCCCUCUCCAGUAGGUGGCGACAGUGACUUUCUCCCCUUUAGCCAGCCUUCACUGCACCAAUGGCCAGAAAGUACAAAGGACCGUCCCUUUGUGCCACAGUUUCCCAGCCUGGCACUGUCUUACCCUGGAAGCUGAGAAGUGUUAACACUACCUUCAAGCUGGAGUGGCUGGCAAGCCUUGGGUGUCACAGACCUGCCGUUUUUCUCCCUUCUUCCCCCUCCCCUGCUUCCCUUCUUCCUUUCACUAUUCAACAGCUAUUUAUUGACCGCCCGUGGUGCACCAGGCCCUGCUCUCAGUACUGGGAGACAGCCAUGCACGGGUGGAGAACUCUGCCCUAGUAGAGCUGGCAUUCUACCCAGGUGACAGACAGCGAACCCAGUGAAUCAGUAAACUACA